CGAAAUGUGACUUCUGACACUCAUCUCAGCAUGGAAAACACACCUCAAACUAGACUUUACCUCUAGAAACUUUUCGCAACUUCUAAACACCGGACUAUGGACUCCUCCACGAAUAGCUUGGACGACGUGUCGGCAGACAGCAGCGCUGAGUUCCCGGACCGAGCGUCCAUGAUGGAAGUGCGUCUGCAGGCGCAGGAGGAUGAGAUAAUGCUUCUGAAGUCGUCACUGGCCGACGUCCUGCGUAGGCUUCGCCUCCACGAUCAGCUCCUCCCACUUCUUAAACAGCAGCUCAUUGCAGUGAACCCUGGUGCAGCGCGGGUGCUAAACCAGGUCUGCUGUUCAGAUGGCUGCCCCAGCAGCAGGAAACUGUCCUUGAGCUCAGCCCCAGAAGGACUUCGCCACCCUGCCACCAGCCAAAUGUCAAACAGCAUUGUGACCAAUGAGAAUGGCCACAUUGGGAGCUCAGUGUCCCUGCAGCCUAGGCCCAGACCUCCCACACUGGACAGGUCGACCCAAACAGAGCCCGCUAUACUGGGGCUGGCUACUGGGCCGGACAGGGUCCCUCUGGCGCUCACCAGGGCAGUCCAGAGCCUGCAGCUUGAGGAUGCCCUCCCUGAAGGGGAGCCUGUUGUCGAGGGUGCCCGGGCCAAGCUCCACCGUGUCCCAGGGCUGGAAGAGGAAGACGAAGAGCAGGAGGAAGAUGAAGAAGGAGGAGGGGAGCAGGACAAGGAGCUAAGCUGGGCGUCAUCAGUGGAGGAGCCCAUCCAGCCCACCAUCAUUCAAGGCCUGCAGAGGGAAGACUCCCAGGAUGCAAAUGGUUCUCCAGAGGAGAAGGGCUCUGCCUCAGGCUCCUUGGCCCCCAGUAAAGACCAGAACCCCAGUUCCCGCACCGGACCCCUUUCUCCCAUCCAGGAGGGAGAGAAGAAACUGGUUCGUAGGAACAGUGAGAAGCUGGGGAAGGAUGCCUCUGAAAGGAACAGGAAGCGUCUGGACAAGAAGGCGGCGUCUUCGGCCAACCUGCUUACCCGCUCCCCCAGCCUGGAGAACCGGGCCAAGGAACUCAUUGCCAGUGCAGGAUCCCCUGGGUCCCGCAGAGGAACCUACAGCCAAGGACAGUCGAUCAAGAUGUUCAUCCGCGGUCGGCCAAUAACCAUGUACAUACCCUCCAACAUCCAGAACUAUGAAGACCUGAAGAUGGAGCCGCCCUCAGAGAAACUGGAGCUGGACUGGGUCUAUGGUUACCGGGGCCGGGACUGCCGUGCAAACUUGUACUUCCUGCCGACGGGUGAAGCGGUGUACUUCAUUGCCUGCGUUGUGGUGCUUUACCACGUCAACAACCGCACACAACGCCACUACCGCAAACAUACCGACUGCGUCCGCUGUCUGACCCUGCACCCUGACAAGGUGCGGGUGGCAUCUGGCCAAAUGGCAGGAGUGGAUAAAGAUGGCAAGCCCCUGCAGCCUUGUGUUCAUAUCUGGGACUCGACCACCCUGGCCACCCUGCAGCAGAUCGGCCUGGGAACGUUCGAGAGGGGAGUUGGAUCAGUCGCUUUUUCCUUCGCUGAUUCGGGAGCAUUCCUGUGUGUGAUUGAUGACUCUAAUGAACACAUGCUGUCAGUAUGGGAUUGCGCCAAGGGAACCAAGCAUGCAGAGGUCAAGAGUACCAACGAAGCUGUGUUUGCCGUGGAGUUCAAUCCCAGCGACAGCACUAACAUCAUCACCUGUGGUAAAUCCCACGUCUACUUCUGGACGCACAGCGCAGGACAGCUCACCAAGAAACAAGGCAUCUUUGGAAAAUACAAGAAGCCCAAGUUCAUCCAGUGUUUUGUCUUCAGCCUGACGGGAGAUGUUCUGACCGGAGACUCUGAGGGAAACAUCCUGACCUGGGGAAAAUCGGCUGCAGAUGUCAAAACGCUCGGAAAAGGAGCCAAGGAGACCUACCAGAUCAUGCGACAGACCAGAGCCCAUGAAGGUAGUGUGUUUACCCUGUGCAACCUGCAGGGCGGCGCUCUGCUCAGCGGAGGAGGGAAAGACCGCAAGAUCAUCCGUUGGAGCGCUGACCUGGCACCUGAAAGAGAGUGUGAGAUUCCUGAGAAAUUUGGGGCGGUGCGUACCAUUGCAGAUGUGGAUGGGGAGGAACUCUUAGUCGGUACAACUCGAAAUGCUAUCCUUAGAGGCACCUUCUCAGAUGGCUUUGUGGCCAUAGUGCAGGGUCAUGUGGAUGAGAUGUGGGGUUUGGCAACACACCCUUCCCAGAACAUCUUUCUCACCUGUGGUCAUGACAGGCAGGUGUGUUUGUGGAACACAGAGGAACACAAACUGGACUGGUGCACUACACUGGAGGAGUAUGGACUGUGUGCAGACUUCUGUCCAAAUGGAUCAGUGGUUUCCGUUGGCCUCAGCACAGGAAGGUGGCUGGUCCUUGACCUGCAGACCAGGGAGGUCGUCUCCGAGUCCACUGAUGGGAAUGAGCAGCUGUCUGUUAUGAGAUACUCACCAGAUGGCAGCUUCCUGGCCGUGGGCUCCCAUGACAACUUCAUCUACAUCUACAGCGUGACAGAGAGCGGCCGGCGCUACACCCGCUUUGGGAGAUGCAAUGGCCACUCCAGCUUUAUAACUCAUCUGGAUUGGUCCAAAGAUGGGAAGUACAUUAUGUCCAAUUCCGGCGACUAUGAGAUCCUUUACUGGGACGUGGCUGCAGGGUGUAAACUGUUGAGGAACCGCUUUGAGAGCAAAGACAGAGAAUGGGCCUCCUACACUUGUGUGCUGGGCUUUCAUGUCAUGGGUGUGUGGUUGGAGGGCUCUGAUGGGACAGACAUCAAUGCAUUGUGUCGCUCUCACAGUGAGAGGGUGGUAGCAGUGGCUGAUGACUUCUGUAAAGUCCACCUCUUCCAGUACCCCUGUCCCAAACCAAAGGCGCCAAGCCACAAGUACGAGGGCCACGGCAGCCAUGUCACCAACGUCUGCUUCACACAUAGCGACUCCCACCUUCUCUCCAUGGGAGGGAAGGACACCUGCAUCCUCCAGUGGAGGGUGACGGGGGGUGGCGUUGGCGACAGCAGGGACAGACUGGCCUCGGCCUCGUCCGCCUCCACCAGCUCUCCAGAACCUGCCACCGGCUAGGAGCUCAGUGGAGUGUAUGUUGUUGAACGUCAAAGAGAAGGAACUGUUUACAAAGGAGGGGACACCUGCCACAGCUACAGGCUCAGCCAGGCCUCAGCUGGGCCACUUUCAUACAGCACAUGUAGAGGAAUCAUCUGGAAUCCACAGUCAUUUUACUCAUACAAGCCUCUGUGAUCAUAUCAAAUCAUUAUGAAACUGGACAGUGUGAUAUACUUACACAGAAUAUUUUCACUCCUGUUGAAUAGGCCUGUAUGGUGAAUUUCAUAACGAGCGGUCAAAUACAUCGCCGAUUCAGAAUGUUAGUUGUGUAGUGACAGCAACAGCGAGAGUUUCAGUGAACAUUCCUGUAUUUUAGUUUCUAAUUAAACUGCCAUCAUGUUUACCAAACUUACCAAAGUGCUGCAUUAUGGCUAAUGCCUUACAAAGAAACUUACAUAAUAUGCAUAUUUUUUUAUUAUUUCAAACUGUUUCAGUGUUUGAGCGACAUCUCUGCUAAUAUUAAAGUUGUUUUUGUGCUUGCAUUAGACAGACUGUGACAAACCUGGUAGUCAGAAUCAAUACUCAGCAUCUCUUGACUCUUUAAUAGCAGAUCAGUACACUUGGAGUUGAUUUCUUUUGUAAAAUUUAUAUAUUUAAGAGAACUUUAUGGAAUACUGUGAUGUUCUAUCUAUCAAGAUAUUGCUCCCAAUAAAGAACUG